AUGAAGAUUGUUAGAUUCACCGUCGCUGUCUUUUUUGUACUUGUCUCUGUCUCAUCAUCUAACGCCGCAAUUGCACCUCCUAGCGGUGGAGGCAGCGGAGGAGGAGAUGCUCGGGCAAUGCCGUGUAUACAGAAACUUAAGUCGUGUCAGCCGUAUCUCCACUCGGUGAUUCCACCACUGCCUGCAUCGUGUUGCCUGUCGAUGAAGGAGAUGGUCGCCAACGACGCGACGUGUCUUUGCUCCGUGUUCAACAACGUGGAUAUGCUCAAAUCGCUUAACCUCACUAAAGACAACGCUCUUGAUAUCCCUAAAGCUUGUGGCGCCAACCCUGACAUCUCACUAUGCAAAGCCAGCCCCGCGAAUGCUUUUAAAUCCUGUGUUGACCAAGGUACUACUACGAAUUCGACGUCGUCCACACCGACAAGCUCUGCUCCGGCCAUCAACUUCGCCGGACUAAGCUUCGCAUCGACUAUCGUGGCAUUGGCAACAACCUUCUUCUGAUCUACUACUAUAUAUUACAUUUACGUCUUUAUUCAUUGUUAGAUAGGUUUAAUCUGUUUGA